GUACAGCUGGGCCAGUGACGCGGGAGCCGCUGCCGCCGCCGCCGCGUUCCAUUCUCCUAAGCCGGCGACAACCUCGCACCCCGCCUCCCGCCGCCUCCUCCUGCAGCGCCGGCCAGCGCUAGCCAGACAAGGGCAAGCAGGGCCUCGCCUAGACCCGAGAGGGUUGCGGGCGCGCGCAGGCGGCAGAGCCGAUCCCGGCGCCGCGGAAGCUUCGAGCGCCCCCCUCGCGGAGGUCGCCGCGCGGUUCCCGGGGUAAAUCUACCCGUGGCUGACUUUAGAAUUCUUACUUCUGGCUUUUAAAUUUUUUCUUUUUAAAAUAACUUGGACGGAUAAAAGAUGUGCCAUGGCAGGAUAGCACCAAAGAGCACUGCAGCGUUGGCCGUGGCCUCCGCGGGACAUGGAGUGUUCCUUCCACUGGUGAUCCUAAGCACCCUCCUUGGAGACAGCCUUGCCUCAGUGUGCUCCCUGCCCCCGGAGCCAGAGAAUGGUGGCUACAUCUGCCACCCCCGGCCUUGCAGAGACCCCCUGAACGCGGGCAGCGUCAUUGAGUACCUGUGUGCCGAAGGCUACAUGUUGAAGGGCGAUUACAAGUACCUGACCUGUAAGAAUGGAGAGUGGAAGCCAGCCAUGGAGAUCAGCUGUCGUCUCAACGAGGACAAAGAUGCCCGCACGUCCCUCGGGGUCCCCACGCUGUCCAUAGUGGCUUCCACUGCCAGCUCCGUGGCUCUCAUUCUCCUCCUUGUAGUGCUCUUUGUGCUGCUGCAGCCGAAGCUGAAGUCGUUCCAUCACAGCAGGCGCGACCAGGGGAUAUCUGGCGACCAGGUGUCUAUCAUGGUGGACGGAGUCCAGGUUGCGCUCCCGUCCUAUGAGGAAGCUGUGUAUGGCAGUUCUGGUCACUGUGUGCCACCUGCUGACCCCAGGGUGCAGAUCGUGCUGUCAGAAGGGUCUGGGCCCAGUGGGAGGAAUGGGCCAAGGGAGCAGCAGUUGCAGGACCAGGGGGCUUGUUCCUCUGCAGGUGGGGAGGAGGCCCCAGGCCAGUCUGGACUAUGUGAAGCCUGGGGCCCUCAGAGCUCAGAGACAGUGAUGGUGCAUCAGGCAACCACCUCUUCCUGGGUGGCCGGCUCAGGGAACAGCCAAGUGGCAUACAAAGAAGCCCCAGAUUCGGAGAACAGUGACAUACAAAGCCUUUUAUCCCUCACAUCGGAGGACUACACAGAUGAUAUCCCACUGUUGAAAGAAGCAUGAGCGCUGUCACGGGCCUCUCCUCUCUGCGACGGUCCUCUCUGUCCUUCUGCCCUCUCCUGGGGUUUUGAGCGCCCUGUACUCCAGCCACCCUACCCGGAUACCUGAGCUGCCACCUGUGUAUCUGUGUAUCUCUGUAUGUCCAAGGGCCUCCAGGCCUGCCUUGCUGGAAGCUCGAGGAAGAGUCUCGCCAUCUGCCUGCUGGACAGCUGGAGGAACUGGCCUUUUGCCUAGCCUGGCCUUCCCAUCUGUGUCGGGGACAUAUUUGAAUGCGCUGGACUGAACUCUUCCUUUCCCAGGGCCCUCUGGGUCCCCCCCAGCCAGCUCUCUGGCGGCAGACCCCACCAGCCUGUGCGGGCCUGAGAGCCGCUGUGUUUACUUGUGCCUUCCCCCCAGCCCCUCCAGUUCCCCUGUCAGGUGGGCUUGUGGCUGUCCUACAAGCCUUAGUGGCUGCCCCGCGGCCUCUGCCACACAGGGGGCUGGGGCUGGGGCUGGCCUCUUACCUCGGAGGGCUGGCACUGCUGCCCUUAGCAGGGGCAGAUCCAAGGGUGGCUCUAAUUAGGGCAAGAAUGUGGGUCCCUGGGCCUGCCCUUAGUUGACACCGGUGGCACAUUUCUUUGGCUGAAGUUGGAGGAUGUGGGGAAAACCAUGCCAAAGCUAUGCCAGCACCCAGCUGUCUGGCUCCGAGGUGCUGGCUCCUGGCCCUGUUGAGUUCCCAAGAAGCAUGGAGAAGAUCCUGAGGGAGGGAAGGAAGGUGGCUGAUAAUGGUUGUCUUCCUGAUAUGCGAGUCCUCACUUCCUACGUCCAGCAUUGGCCUUCCUGGCCGUAGUUCUCUCUGUGUCACUGGAGUGUAAGGGGAAGUGGCCUGCUGCCUCCUGGGCUGAAUCCUUGGCAACCUCCGCUUCCUUGCUGCCCACAGGGCCCGAGGUGAAUCAUCGCUGGGACAGGAGGGUUGCUGAGGUGCUGCGGAAUGCCUGUGUGGCCACCGGCAUUCAGGGCAGGUUGCCCUGUUCUGGGUUCGUGGUGACGCAGGGGAGCCUGAGAGGCACAGACCGAGUCCCCAGGCAGCUGCAGGCGGCUCCAGCCCCGGUCUUGAGGGUCCUCGUCACCACAGUCACGUGCCUUAGUAACUGCGCCCAGAAGCAUGCUGCUGCUCGCCGCACCGCUGCUUUCCCUCCUUGUGUUCCCCGGCCCCCCUCCCACAUGUCACAGCGGACACAGGGCUCCCUGCUCCCCCCGGCACCUGGGCGAGGGGCUGACAGCCCCCGACACCCCGCCUCGCUGGUCUGCAGUGGGUGAAAGCUCGCCAAGCAGCCUGGCCCCGGAAGCCCUGCCGUCGAAGGGGGUGGGCUCCAUGCUCCCCGAUGCUUCUGGGGGGGCUCUCGCUCUGCCACCUGUGGGUGCUGGCCAAGGCUGGCCAGGGCUCAGCCAGGCUACUGCCAUCCUCAAAAGAUGUGGCGUUGAGGAAUGCUUAUUUCUGUUUUGUUUUUGAAGCACUGGGCCUGGGAGACUUGUCACUGACCCUGCCGGCACCUCUGCUCCUGCCCAGGCUGCUCUGUUUGGGGUGGUGAGAACAAUAAAGAACCCAGUUUAUUUUCAGUACCUGACCUAACAGGGUAACUCCAGGCGUGGGCGGCCGCUAAGAUUAGGGGAAUGGCCUCCUCUCGGCCUCCUGCGUCACUCUCUCACGCACUUUACCGCCCGCUCCUUCCCAGCCUCCUGGCACCACUGUAGGCUUCCUUCGCUCAGGGUAAGGGCAGUGCCUGCUGGGCCUGUGGGCAACCCCCUUCCUCCCUCCAGGAGCCGGCUGGUUCCAUAUGGAGCGGGGUGACAGAGAUGCUGGAACACAAGCCUCCGAGAGACCUGCAGAUGACUGGGGAGCCUGGCCUUGGCCUCCGAAGAGGCCAUUUCUGGAGACGUGCCUCCAGCAGUCGCUAGCACUGGGCCCAUCUGGAGGGUGGGGUCCCUAUGGACCCGAGUUGCCUCUUCACGCACGGAGGGGUGCCCUUGUCUUCCUCCAGAAAAGAAAGCAGGGACAAAUGGUGGAGGGAUCCAAAGUCUCACUGUUGGGCUUGCAGCCUAGAAUAUUUUUUAAAAUGGAAAAUCUUACCCCUUUUUAUACCAUUACUCUGGGUUUUCCCCCCUAAGAGACUGCACUAUUUGUUUUGGGUUUGUUCAGCCACAUAGGUGACCGGCUUAGCCCUUGGGGG